UUUAAACUUAAAGCAGUAGUUUUAUUCUUUCUUUUUAUACAACACCUGCAACGCUUUAUUUGCUUUGAUUGCUAUUUUCCAUCCUUUAUCAAUCUAGUUCACUGAAGCAGGGGUUGCUCUCCUUUUUUGUUGUCGUAUAAACCGUUUAGUUUUGGAUGAUCGGUCAAAGGUUGUGAAAAGCAGCGGGGAGAGGCAGGACGCCCAGCCGAGGAGGGAACGCAGGAGGCCGGACAGAUCUAGUGGGCUGCAUCGACGAAACGGACCAUUAGACAGGGGAAAGCCAUGGCUCACAGCUCUGGUCGAUCAGUGUCAGAUGAAGAGACCUCCUCAUUUGGUGCUCCAGCUUUUUGCGUUGGCGAAUCACAAAGUGUUGGAAUCUAUUGCCUUUGUCUGACAUGUCAUCCAUCUCUAUGCGAGGGGGGAUCUGGGGAGGAGGGGGCGGUGGACUGCAGCUUUUAGAAACAGACACACUGAGAAGAGGGGUUUCAGUCUCAGCCCAAAGCUUCUAACAGGCACAUCCCAUUCUUGAAGAGAGGGGGACCGAGAGACACUCGCCGUGUCCAUGUUUUUUCCUGUCAUCCCCGCACAAAUCUGACUGUACCCCUUCUCCAUAUCGAGGAAUUUACACUGCAGUUUCACAAGAGGACAUUGGAGGAGACGCAACCACAAAUGCUUGCGUUCCCUUAAAUAUGUAGCUAAAAAUAUUAACUGAACGACUGAUUACGCUUGCGGUUCUGCGUAAUUUUUUGAGACUCGUGCAGGACAUGAUCUGCACCUGACCAGCCUCGUGUCUUUAUUUGAUGGACUGAACAGCACGAGAUAAAGUUCGUGGCGCGCCGAAGAACUUCUGUACACGGGCAUCGGAAGCAUUCUGCUCUGAACGGAUAGCAAUCUUUAUUAAUUCCCAUUUAAGCUACAUAAUCAAGGCGAGACGGCGACCUCAGUCGAUUAUCUUUCCUUCCUUUGCUAUCCCAUGGAUAUUCACUGCAAAGCGGACCCCUUCUCGGCGAUGCACCGGCACGGCGGUGUGAACCAGCUAGGAGGGGUGUUUGUGAAUGGCAGACCCCUACCUGACGUGGUCAGGCAAAGAAUCGUGGAGCUCGCGCACCAAGGAGUCAGACCUUGUGACAUCUCAAGACAAUUACGGGUCAGCCAUGGCUGUGUCAGCAAAAUUCUCGGAAGAUAUUACGAAACCGGCAGUAUUAAACCUGGAGUUAUUGGGGGGUCCAAACCAAAAGUGGCGACGCCCAAAGUUGUGGAUAAAAUUGCAGAAUACAAGCGGCAGAAUCCCACAAUGUUCGCCUGGGAGAUCAGAGACCGACUGCUUGCCGAAGGCGUGUGUGACAAUGACACUGUACCAAGCGUUUCAUCUAUAAACAGGAUAAUUCGAACCAAAGUCCAGCAGCCUUUCCAUCCAUCUUCCGAUGGAACAGGAACGCCUCUCACCACAGCAGGACACACUAUAGUACCCAGCACAGCUUCUCCGCCUGUGUCAAGUGCUUCCAAUGACCCCGUGGGGUCCUACUCUAUUAAUGGCAUCCUCGGGAUCCCUCGCUCCAACGGUGAAAAGAGAAAACGCGAUGAUGAUGGUUCAGAUGGCUCUGGCCCAAACAGUGAUUCUCAGGGUAGCGUGGAGAGUUUACGGAAGCACCUGAGGGCCGAUGCCUUCACUCAACAGCAGCUGGAGGCUCUGGACCGCGUGUUCGAGCGGCCGUCGUACCCUGACGUCUUCCCCACGUCAGAGCACAUCAAGCCAGAGCAGGCUAAUGAAUACUCGCUACCAGCACUGAAUCCUGGACUGGACGAAGUCAAGCCCAGUCUGUCGACCAGCGCCAGUUCAGAUUUGGGCUCCAGCGUGUCACAGAGCUACCCGGUAGUGACAGAGUUGCAUUCAUCCUCGCUGUGUGUAAAGCAGGAGCCGCACGAGGCUUCCCUGGCUCCGUUCACCCCCUCCUCACUGGCAGUCUCGGGUCUAGCGGAACUGUUGCCCCUCCAGCCCAGCGUGUCAGUAGAUGCCUCCACCCCCUGCUACGGUGCCUAUGCCCAUCAUGCCCCCAGCUACGGCCAGUAUGCAAGCCAGCCUAUUAUAGCAGGUCGAGACAUGGCGAGCACGACCCUACCGGGAUACCCACCUCACGUUCCCCCCACUGGGCAGGGCAGCUACCCCACCUCUACACUUGCUGGAAUGGUGCCUGGAAGUGACUUUUCAGGAAAUCCCUACUCUCACCCACAGUACACAACUUACAAUGAAGCUUGGCGGUUCAGCAACCCCGCAUUAUUAAGUUCCCCUUAUUAUUAUAGUGCCGCAUCCCGGGGCUCCGCCCCUCCCACUGCUGCCACUGCCUAUGACCGCCACUAGUUACCAUGGCAACCCAAUCAAACUGCAGGACCAUGGCCGCAGCCUCCAUAUCGUACCAGUCUGAAAGCCGUUAAGGUCAGAGGGAUUGAAGAAGGCUACAGAAUCUUCAGUUUCAUGGGGCCGAGAUCGGAUUAGGAGGGUCAAGCAACAGCGCCCCCCCUCCCUCCCUCACCCA